AUAAAAAAAGGAAAGGAAAUCCAUAAUAAAUAAAAGAUAAAAAAGAAAGAGAGGAAAAGGCAAAGAAAAAGAGCAAGUGAAAGUGGUGGUGGCUGUUUCGAUCAUCAGAUCCCGCUCCAACUGUGAGAAAAAAUUUAGUUAGUUAAUUUGUUAAUCGUCGCCUUAAACAAGGUGUUCUUACGACUGCAUUUUUUGAAAGGAGGAAAGAAAGAAGAUGUUGGGGAUUAUAAGGCAAAAGGUGAAUGCCGGAGGUUCUCCUAUUUUGGCUUUUGGGCAGAGGAUUCGCCCUGCGGUAUCGGCAUGGCUGGGGUAUUCAUCUGCAGCAAAAGAGAUGACAGUUAGAGAAGCGCUAAACUCUGCACUUGACGAGGAAAUGUCUGCUGAUCCUAAGGUUUUUUUGAUGGGGGAAGAGGUUGGUGAAUAUCAGGGUGCAUAUAAGAUAUCCAAAGGGCUUUUGGACAAGUAUGGUCCUGAGAGAGUUCUUGAUACACCAAUCACAGAGGCUGGUUUUACUGGCAUUGGAGUUGGCGCUGCUUACCAUGGUCUUAAGCCUGUUAUUGAGUUUAUGACAUUCAACUUCUCUAUGCAGGCAAUUGACCACAUCAUUAAUUCGGCUGCAAAAUCAAAUUAUAUGUCUGCUGGGCAGAUAUCAGUGCCCAUAGUUUUCAGAGGGCCCAAUGGUGCCGCCGCUGGAGUUGGUGCCCAACACUCUCAUUGUUAUGCUGCAUGGUAUGCUUCCUGCCCUGGUUUGAAAGUACUGGCUCCUUACUCAUCUGAAGAUGCUCGUGGUCUGCUAAAGGCUGCCAUAAGGGACCCUGAUCCUGUUGUUUUCCUUGAAAAUGAGUUAUUAUAUGGUGAGACAUUCCCUGUUUCUGCUGAAGUACUCGACUCCAGUUUUUGCCUUCCAAUAGGGAAAGCCAAGAUUGAGAAAGAAGGGAAGGAUGUGACCAUUACUGCCUUUUCAAAAAUGGUUGGCUAUGCUCUCAAGGCUGCUGAGAUACUUGCAAAGGAAGGAAUCAGUGCUGAGGUGAUAAAUUUGCGAUCAAUUAGGCCACUAGAUACAAACACAAUCAAUGCUUCAGUCAGGAAAACUAGCAGACUGAUGACAGUUGAAGAAGGAUUUCCUCAGCAUGGUGUUGGUGCUGAAAUCUGUGCAUCUGUUGUUGAAGAGAGCUUUGGUUAUCUUGAUGCCCCAGUUGAGAGAAUUGCUGGAGCUGAUGUUCCUAUGCCUUAUGCCGCAAAUCUAGAGAGAUUGGCUGUGCCACAGGUUGAGGAUAUUGUUCGUGCAGCAAAGAGAGCUUGCUACAGAUCUGUGUAAUUGGCUGCAGCUGCUUGAUGGUAUACUCAUUGAAGUCCAGAAACCACAUCCUAAAUUCAGGAAUCUCAGAGAUGUGCAUUUCCCCCCUUGUUACUAGUGGGGAGGAACAGCUCAUUGAAUAACAUGGAGUGUGUUGAUGACAGCUGGAAUUUUUGUCAUUGUUUUGUUAAAUUGGUACCUGAUACGAACCCAUUUCCACACAUAAGCCAAGAAUUAAAUUUACUUAUGGAUUUUUAUAGAGUGCAUUCUUCUUCGAAAGGUCUGUUAUGUUUUCAAUUUAUUUUCAUAUGAUCACUUCGAUUCCCCUUUUCACUAAAAGCUGAAGAAUUACAUGCUGUUUGUGACAUCAUCUUGAAGUUUUAGAACCCAUCAAUGCAUCUGUAUAGGAAAUCAAUGUGUUCUGGGUGUUA